AUGAGAGUCGGCUCCCUCCUGCGCCUGGUGUUCAUCGGCCUCCUUCAGGCAUCGCCUUCGAUCCAGACCGGCAACGACAACUCGACCGCGCCUUAUACCUACCCCACCCGCGUUCUUGCCAACGUCACGGUCAUCGACACGCCCCUUGUGCGCGCCGCGCAGACCUACGCCCGCGCCCACAGCAGCGACGUGGUCUGGUCGCACGUCAUGCGUGGCUGGCUAUACGGAUCCCUCAUACUAACCCACAACGCCACGCUGCGCGCCCAGGUCGACCCCGAAGUCCAAGCCGUCGCCGCCAUCCUGCACGACCUAGGCUGGGACCAGACGCCCGGGUCGGAGACCGUGAGUGCGGAUCGCCGGUUCGAGGUUGACGGCGCCAUUGCGGCGUGCGAGUUCAUCCAUGCGCAUCAUCAUCACUCGGAUGAUGCAAACGCUACUACCGAUGCUGUCAAUCUUGGUGAUGGUGGCUCGGACCCAUGGGACGAGAGCACGGGCCGCACACAGCUCGUCUGGGACGCCAUUGCGCUACACACGCAGGACAGCAUCUACAUGUACAAGCAGCCUGUGGUCAUGGUUGUCGGGGCGGGGAUCUUGAUAGAUUUCGCGGGCCCGGCGCAUGGGGUUACGCGGGAGGAGUACGAUGCCGUGGUGGCUGAGUUUCCGAAGAUCGAUUUUGUGGCGGGGGUUAAUCGGACUUUGGUCUGGCUUUGUCGGAGCAAGCCUGCUACUACAUAUGAUACCUUCAUGCAGCCUUGGGGUGACGACUUUGUGGCCAACUAUUCUUCGAUUGGCAAGCGGGCCUUUGAUCUUAUUCUAGGGGGUUCGUCUUGA